GGAAAAUGUCUUAAAGCGAGAUUCUGAAGGUUCAAACAUUUCUGAACAAAAUGGUGUGGGUCCCAACUCCGAAAAAAAAAACUACCUCAAAUAAGCGAGUUAGCGCCGGCUCUCCGCUGCACUAUAGAGGUCAACUGGCAAGAGAGUGAACUUUUAGGAAUGGUAUAUAGAGCCGCUGAUAGUAUUUUCACCUGUUGUCGAGGACGAUAGGAAAGGAUCAUUUUUGCCAGACACUCCUUUGAAUAUUUUAAAAUCCGGAAACUACGCUAACGUACCUUGGAUGAGCGGCUUGAAUAGCGGGGAAGGCACCUUCAGAGCUGCUGUUAUUCACAAUAACAAGCAGCUUUUGGAAGAACUGGACAAGGACUUCAAUCGCAUUAUGGCGAUAACUUUAAUGAGGAAAGACCCUGAGUUUGAGAACAUAGCAAAACGUAUUAGGAACUUUUAUUUCGCAAACAAGCAAAUUGGCGAAAAUACAAUACUGGAUCUUGUCGAUUUAUAUUCGGACAUCUUCAUCAUUCCUCCCGCGCAUCAUGCGGUGGAGUACCAUCUUAAGUAUUCCAAGCAGCCUGUAUAUUAUUAUCUGUUCUCCCACGCCAUCCAGUAUAGUCUCACAAAUUUUUACGGGGUCCCAUUAUUUCGAUACGGCACUGGUCAUGCGGACGAGCUAAUAUUGCUAUUUCCUGUCUACGGAACCAAAUCGUUGGACCAAGAGGACCUUCGUUACUCAAAAUUGUUAAUCGGCAUGUGGACAAAUUUUGCAAAAUACGGCAAUCCAACGCUAGAAACCGAUUCUUUGGUCACCGUUAAGUGGGAGCCAGUUACCACAUCGGCACUGGAAUAUUGCCAUAUUGGAGGUGGUGUUCACACCUCUAGAAAUUUAUAUUCCGAAAGGAUCGAGUUUUGGAAAGCGAUUAAUAACGAAACAAAAUUGAAUAUUUGUGAGUAAUCGUGUACUCCCCAAAUUUACAUCUGGAAAAUCAAGUCAAAACUUGAUCUCUUUUAGCAUUAGUUGAUAGUAUAAUUAACUUUAAUUUGAGUAGGUUGUAAGUAACAAAACUGUUAUAUAUGUUAUUAUUUAUUGACUUCGCAUAUGAAAAAAUGUA